ACGAGAUACGGAAGCCCAGCGAACGGAGGAGGGCGCGAGAUGCGGACGCCGUGCGUGACCACAGUACAAACUAGAUUACAUUAGGUUAGACUAGCUACGUCCUAGCUAAUCCCAGGCCCCUUUCCCGCAUCUGGACCCCCUAAACGCUCCACAAAAGCAACAUAAGUGAUGGUGCCUCCGGCCGUAAAGCUAUUGCAGUCCUCGCUGGCCCAGUGGCGACGAGGAAGCAAGCUGCAUCCCAUUGCCAAGGGCGCGCUCACGUACGCGGUCAUGUGGCCCACGGGCAGCCUGAUUCAGCAAGCGAUGGAGGGACGCAAGCUGCGCGAGUACGACUGGGCCAGGGCGCUCCGUUUCAGCUUGUUUGGAGCUCUGUACGUGGCGCCCAGUCUGUACGGCUGGGUUCGGCUCACCAGCGCCAUGUGGCCGCAGACCAAUCUGCGCUCGGGCAUCAUUAAGGCCAUCACGGAGCAGCUUUCCUACGGACCCUUCGCUUGCGUAAGCUUCUUCAUGGGAAUGAGCUUGCUGGAGCUGAAGACCUUUAGUCAGGCCGUGGAAGAGACGAAGGAGAAGGCGCUGCCCACGUACAAGGUCGGCGUAUGCAUCUGGCCCAUCCUGCAGACCAUAAACUUCUCGCUGGUGCCGGAGCACAACCGUGUGGUGUUCGUAAGCAUUUGCAGCCUGAUGUGGACAAUUUUCCUGGCGUACAUGAAGACGAGCCACGAGGAGCAGUCGGAUUCCGCGGGUCUGCCUUGUACAUAGUUACCCGUGUCGUAUUUGUUACCUUUUGUGCGUCCCUUAGGCCAAUUGUUAAAUUAGAUAGCGUUAGCGUAUGUAAA